GAACCUGUUGUGCCACAGACCUGGGUGGGAGGUGUUUGAGCAGCAGGUAUAAAGUUACCUGCUGCCCCUCCCCUGAUUGUCAGUCUAAGGUGGAGCUCAGCUGUCGCUCGUCUGUCGUUUUCCGUUUUCCGUUUUCCGUCUGAACUGAAAAGGAACAUCAUGGUGUCCCACCCAGAGUUUGAGCGUGCGGGCAAAGAGGCCGGGCUGCAGGUGUGGAGAGUGGAGAAAAUGGAUCUGGUUCCUGUUCCUCAGGCCCUGCAGGGAGGCUUUUACUGUGGGGAUUCUUACCUGGUUCUCUGCACCAAAAAGGCCGGACGAAAAAUGCAGUUCGAUCUGCACUACUGGCUAGGUUGCGAGUGUUCCCAAGAUGAGCGUGCAGCUGCGGCCAUCCUUACAAUCCAGCUAGACAACUUCCUGAAUGGGCUUCCGGUCCAGUACCGCGAAGUCCAGGGUCACGAGUCCACUGUCUUUUGUGGAUACUUCAAAUGUGGGCUCAAGUACAUGAAAGGGGGCGUGGCUUCAGGGUUCAAACACGUUGUGACCAAUGAUGCGGACGUCAAAAGGCUGUUGCACGUCAAAGGGCGACGUACUAUCAGAGCAACAGAGGUUGCCGUUUCCUGGGAGAGUUUUAAUCACGGAGAUACUUUCAUUCUGGACCUGGGAAAGCAUAUCAUUCAAUGGUCCGGUGAGAAAACCAACCCCUUUGAAAGGAUGAAGGCCACGAUGGUGUCCAGAGGCAUCCGGGACGAUGAGCGAUGUGGGCGAGCUGAGCUAGAGAUGUGUGUCGAGGGUUCAGAGCCAGCCAACAUGUUUGAGGUCCUUGGAGAAAAGCCAGAGCUUAGUGAAGCCAGCGAUGAUGACACCAAGACGGACACCUCCAACAGGAAGGUGGCUAAGCUAUACAAGGUGUCUAAUGCAAGCGGAGACCUUGAGGUGACACUGGUGUCACAGGAGAACCCGUUUUCUCAGGAUUCUUUGAUUUCCAGUGACUGUUUCAUCGUCGAUGUUGGAUCCAACGGACAAAUCUAUGUUUGGAAAGGUAAAGAUGCUAACACCGAGGAGCGCGAAGCUGUCCUGAAGAGUGCGGAGCAUUUCAUUCAGAAGAUGAAUUACCCAGAAUACACAGAGGUCCAGGUCCUUCCUGAACAUGCCGAGACUCCGCUCUUCAAACAGUUCUUUAACAACUGGACAGACCCUGAAGACACUGUGGGCCUGGGGAAGCCCUACAUCAGCAACACCAUUGCAAAGAUCGAGAAGGUGGUGUUUGACGCGGCUUCACUCCACGACUCCGAGGCUAUGGCCGCACAGUACGGUAUGGUGGACAAAGGAAACGGAGAGAAAAAGAUUUGGCGUAUUGAAGGAUCGGAUAAAGUUCCAGUGGAUAAAACAGCCUUUGGUCAGUUCUAUGGAGGCGACAGUUACAUCAUCCUGUAUACGUAUCGGCACGGCUGCCAGGACGGUCAAAUCAUCUAUAUGUGGCAAGGAGCUGAGUCCAGUCAGACUGAGGUUGCAGCGUCAGCCAUCUUGGCAAUCCAAAUGGAUGACAAACUAGGAGGUGGCGCCGUGCAGGUUCGUGUGGUCCAGGGAAAAGAGCCUGAUCACCUCAUGAGCCUCUUCAAGGACAAACCAAUGAUCAUUUACAAAGGUGGGACGUCCAGAGAGGGUGGGCAGACAAAGGCAGCCGAUGUCCGCUUGUUCCAGAUCCGCUCCAAUGCAGCCGGUGACACCAGAGCUGUGGAGGUGAAUCCCACAGCAUCAGGCCUGAACUCCAGUGACGUCUUCGUCCUGGUCUCCCCUGGUGGAUCCUGGGAGUGGAGGGGGCAGCUGAGUACCCAAGUUGAGGUUAAGGGCGCCAAGCACCUGGCUGACAUCCUGAAGGUGUCUCCUAAAACACUGGAGGAAGGGAAGGAGACAGAUGCAUUCUGGGAAGUUCUGGGAGGAAAGCAGGACUACUGCCAUGUCCCUCGUUCCAAGAACAAGAUGGAGGAUUUCCCCCCUCGUUUGUUUGCCUGCUCCAACAAAACUGGAAACUUCCUGAUGGAGGAGGUGCCAGGCGAGCUGACGCAGGACGACCUUGCGCCUGAUGAUGUCAUGAUCCUGGACACCUGUGACCAGGUGUUUGUUUGGAUUGGAAACAUGGCCCACGAGGAGGAGAAAAAGGAAGCUGUGUCCUCAGCUGUGCGCUACAUAAACAGUGACCCAGUGAAAAGGGACUCCGGCACUGCCAUAGUGAUGGUGAAACAGGGAUCUGAACCACCAACCUUCACUGGCUGGUUCCUGGGUUGGAGCCGUGAGUACUGGACAGUGGACCCAAUGGAGCAAUGCUGCUUUAAAAAAAAGUGAUGUAACUUCUCAUGAAAUGCUAAGUUUCACUGGCCAAAUAAAGGAAACCUGUUCGUCUAUUUGUCGUUCAGGGAGUCUGUCAAUCACACGGUUCAAUAGUGUAACAGUUUAUUGAAGCAUCUCUUUAUAAAUACUGAUAUUGAUAAAUACAAUAAGAGGAUCUGUAACAGAAAGUUUCUCAUAAAUGCAGAAAAGAGACAGAAGCCACAGUGAACACAGCAGAGGACGGAGUUCAGUCUGUACAGGACAACAUACUGGGGGGUGUGUGUGUGUGUGUGUGUGAGUGGGUGUGUGCGAGUGCUCGUGUGUGUGUGUGGGUGUGUUUUCACAAACUAUUCAUCACAAUUUUUUUUAGAGUUUUACUGUUCUACAAUAAAAUCUGAUGUUUACAUUAAAAUCAGCAGAUUUGCCUGAAACAACACAAACUAACACCUGACGCUCGGUCCUAAAAAAGGUUGUUUGCAGACACGCUGCCCUGACUUUGGGUCACAUAAUUGCUAUUGUUCCAUUAACUCACCACCUAAAGAUAAAGAAUCCUAAAAAAGUAUACGGUUGGAGUUGAUUCAUGUGCAUGUGGGGCAGCAGGGUCCAUAUACACAAGACUUGGGGCGGGGGGAACCCCAGGGCCAUGUACUGGGAUUGUUUCCGUUUCUGCCGCUGCCACCAGGGUUGAGUUACGGUUGAGGUUUGGUCGCUUCAUUUGUUUAGACUGGGGGUUUGUUAGAGUUAAGGUUAAUUCAAAUUCAAAUUCAAACUGCCAGCUGGCGUCCACCUACGAGGACUAGCAUAUGACUAGCAUGCUCACAGGCUGCUAGCGGGGGCACAAGAACAAAGCUGAAUAUUGCCACAAGUUCCUGGAGUUGUUGGAGUCGCAACAGAGCCUAGUACAACCACACUUCAAAAAAAAA